CGUGGAUAGAAAAUAAAAACCAAUCAAUUUUUGUAGUAAAAAUCUAUUUAUAUAAAUAUAAAACAGCGUAAACCCAUAGAAAAAUCGUAAAUUAAAUUAAAGUUCAUCGUGUAUCGUCCAAAACUUCUUUGCCACUGCGUUAUAGAGAUUGUAGAAAGCGUAUACACUAACGGCUAUUAUGACGAAUAGAGCUGUACCAAAAACGAAGCCCAGUAGACUUCCAUCGAUGAAUCCGUUGCCUUUGUUCCGAGAACUGCCGUCUUCCUGGAUCAAUCUGCGCUCGGCCAUCAUUUUUUUCAUGUGGUCGAGCCGCUGGCGGAGCUCGUCUACGUUUUCGUCGGUGGCUAAAAAUUUUUUUAAGUUAUCGGUGUGGUGGUGUGAAAUGGUUCUUACUCUUGUUCAUGUUGUCCAUGAGUCCCAGUCGAGAGCGACUAUCGAUUGGAAGAGGGGAGAGAAAUGAAGUUAACUGGACCAAGCGGCAGGAAUCUGGAUCGAAAAGACGGAAAACCCUAGACCCACCCUACAAAGCGUGCGCAUCAGUUGUGUUGAAAUUUUGUGUGUCACAUUACUUUCCAACAGUGUAUUUUUGAGAAUACUUUUGCAAUUUCAGUAUAAUUUUUUUCAUUCAGUACCGAAAAAGUGAACAAAAUUUUUCGGUUAUUCUUUAAUAAAUUUUGGUGUAAGUUGAGCUAAGACGAAAUGGAGUUGUUGUACUUUGUUUAGCACUAAUCGUUGUCAAAAUUUAUGUUACACCUCUCUUCUGUUCUUCAUUAUCCGUAUAGGAUCUUUGAAUUGUUGUAAGCCAGUUUCGUUUUUUUAUUGUUUUAAUUUAUUUGUCUCGAUUGAAUCCAGUAGAACCCGAUAAUACAAUUUUUACGUAUACAAUAGUGCAGUAUGUUAAUUCGGUUGGUGCAAUCAACGAGAUGAAGUUUAUCGAUUCAAAACCACGCAGCUUUUUUACUGCCGCUGUGUUAACUUAAUAAUAACAAUAAGUGACUUGAGAUAAAAAUUAAAAUCUAUAAUGUAUGCAACAGGUCAGACACAAUAUAGGUCACGAGCUAUAAUAGCCAAUGAUGAAUGUAAGUGAAAGUAGAUAACGUGUCAAAAAACGUUCCCAGGCAAGAUGGUGCUGGAUUUUAACCACGUGUCCAUGCUCCCAUGUUAUUAUUAUUACUGUAGAUUAUUUCAGUUGUCCCUUAUUUUUACAACUUAUUGAUCUGUUAUGGAAUAACGAAGCUGUUCCCCAUGUUGAAGAUUCCCGCACGUUUUAAACAAUGUGACCUCAGUGUAUCCCUUGCCUUUGAUUAUUGUGACUGCAUUGUCAACAUGGGUACUCGGGCUGCUGCAUUUACAGCCAAAAUACGCAGCUUAUAUGAUUAUCAAUUACGGCUUAUGCAAGGGGUCCAACCCCCUCCAUCUGGAGUUGACAUAGCAAAUACCCUUAAAUACUUUACCACAACUCUUCUCACUGUUCUUAAAGAUGUACCAAAUUCACCCUUCGAUCUCCUAAAAAAUCCCGAAAUGGAUGCCGUACGUAUGGGCCUUUUCCCUUCUCUAGAUUAUAAAGCUCUUUACAACGCAUUGGUACCGUUAAUUGAGGUUGCGCCCUUAAUCCAAAUUGGUCUUCAUAGUUUUGGUCAACAUAUUCUUCAAGUAUUAGGCUGUAUUCUUCCGUUUUUAGAACACGAUUUCAUCGAUAAUUUACCUUAUUUAACCGCGUCUUCCAUAGCGGUGCUUCCAAGCAACCUACAUCAGGAAAUAGUGAACACCCUGUGUUUCUACAUUCUUCCCUUUACGAUAACUCGAAAAAACGAAAAUGAACCGGACAUAUCUCAGUCAGUGUCUGCUGUAAUAAUGAUGGUGUUCCAAUAUUCGGCAAAUCCAGCGCAUCAUUGCCAACUCCUCGAGUGUCUUAUGACCUUGAAGCAAAACAUCCUGAAAGAUAUUUUAAGCGUUAUCGCCUAUGGAACUUCAUCCGCUCGCUCUUCAGCUGCCAAGCUUCUUUUCUACUAUUGGCCUACGUUCAACGCCAACCUGUUCGAUAGGAAAAAUUUAAUUUGCAAAUUCGCCGAUCCAGCACCUUUCGUCUGCCAAAGGGACAUGUGCCCCAACUCAGGAAACGCAGAGGCGGCCAAAGUUUGCUACGACCAUUGUAUAUCUAUUACUUUCGCUACCGAUUCACCGCCUCCUUUGUAUUUGUGUAUCGAAUGCGCCAACGAAAUCCACAGGGAGCAUCCCAAUCAAAUGUUUUUCGAUAUUUUACAUCCCAUGCAACAAGUUUCUAUGAUCUGCGAAAAUAAGAAUUGUAGAUCAAGUGAUAAAUCGGCAAUAUCCAUAUGUUUUUCAACUGAAUGUGCUAGUUAUAACGGUAAUCACCCAAUUAGAUAUUGUGAACAAUGCCAUAAUAAUAGACAUAAUAAUAGAAGAGGUGGGGACCAUAUUGUUCACAAAAGUUUACCACCCACUUGGAAUAUGGAUGCUGAAAUGCAAACCUACAUGGUAGAAGCUAUUGUUAGUUUGCUGAAAGAGGCGAAAACUCCGGUAGUGGAGAGUAAAGAAACGACAGAAGGUAAAGCUCCACUGCCUAGCAUGGAUAAUAUAACUGUAGAAGAGAGACAGCUUCUAGGUAGAUAUGGAGUGUGGUUGCUUGUGGGGAGGUGUUCGCCAGCUGAGAACACCCCUGUAGAAGUGCUAGGCCGCCUAAUAGCAAUGCUUUUCCAUUGGUUUCAUAUGACAGCUUACUCAUAUGAUGGACAAGAAGAAAGUACCUUAGAGAAACUUAAGACUGAAAACGUAUGUGGUUGGCUGAGGGAAAUCAGCAAAACACAUUAUAAUCUUUUUAUUUCUUGUCUUCUGCCACAUCCGCCUGAAUAUGCACGAAUCGGAGGUCAUUGGGAUACUUUAUCCUCCAGAACAUCGCAUUUAAAAGAUGGGUUAAAUAGAUUAUUUUGUUUGGUACCUUACGAAGUUAUAACUCAGGAAAUUUGGGAUUACAUUAUGCCCCAUUGGAUGGAAGCUAUAGUUAACGAUGUCCCUGAAAAGGAAUUGUCAGAAUUACGCAUUAUACUUAGCAAAAUAUUGGAUACAGAAAUGAGUCCUCUAGGAUUUGAUUCCAAAAAAAUGUAUCAGUUUGUGGCCUUUCGAUUUCAAAAAACAAGUGCCAAAACUCAAGAACAGGCCCUAAAGUGGCUAUUGAUCUUGACGUUGUUGGAAAUCGUUAUCCCUCUUCACCUAUUAUUUAGUAUAUUCGAAGAAGGAGUAUCUUACAUGAAAAACGGAGCAGAUGACCUGUUGGAAAUGGAAGGAGAAAAUUCUUUUAAAUAUCACGACGAAUCUCAAACCUUCGAGGGACCAAAGGAAUCAAUUGCUCACCUUGUUGAAGACGAAGAUUCGGCUAAAACAUCAUUUUCCGAUGAAGAAAACCGUUUAUCGCAGCAAACCGAUAUAGAAUCCGACGCAGAACAUAACCUCUCCGGGUGCAUACUCAUGUUGGACAUACUGUUGAAGCAGAUGGAGCUUCAGGACAUCGACAAACAUACAGGUCUAGGUUCUUCCUUAUGCAAGGACGUUUGUUGGCUGCUAAAGUGCAUGAUAACGGCUGCCUGGAUCGGAAACCACACCUGUCACCCCAAAUCCGAAUGCACCUACUGCGAAUCUAGCAUAAUGUGGCACCAAUUGUCUUUGCAGUUGGUGAAGUAUUUGUCGCCCAUCUAUCCAGCGCACCCGCCAGAUCCGCCAAUGGAAGACAGUUGGGAGGAGUUUAACCGGAAAAGUCCUCCGGAAAGCGACAAAAAGGAAUCGAAAUCCGACGUGGUGUUGAGCAUGCCGAUACCGGAAGUACACUCAGUUGGGGGCGUUCUAGUACAUAUGCCUCAUGUGUGUUCUAUCAUGACUGCCACUGUGGAAACUGUUUCCGAACAAUUGGAUCUAGCUGCUAUUAUACCUGCCGAAAAAGUCGUUUCUGCCGUUGCUAGGGCCAUCACCCUGUCAGAGUCAGACGUUGCAGUGGCAGCAGCUACAACACUAUCAAAACCACAAGUGAUAGGGGAAAAUGAUGAAACUUUCGAAACCGACUCAGGGGAUGAUAUGGACAAUUUAUGGCAAACUUCAGUGGGACAAUUUAAAUUUUCAGUCGAAGAUUUGCCACCGCCUAUCCAGUACAUACACCAAUUAUUGCAGGAACUUUCGAAAGUCAGUAAACCAGACAUUUUAUACUACAUGCUGCAAUGUCUCAACAUUCUCAUUUUACAUGGGGAUGCCUGCACGAAAGCUUCCAAAGAACACCGAGGUUUUUUCAUUUGGUGUCAAGAAAAUUUAAUCAUCAAAAAUUUGUGGCAGCUAUGUAACUCGGAACACUCCCAUAUCUGUCAAGAAGCAGUACCAAUUCUUCUGCAUUGUAUAACCUUACCAGCAGGCUCUGAUGUCUUCUGGAGAGUUAUCCAAGAAGAUUUUCAUAGCUCUGAAUGGUGUGUUAGGUUUACUGCAGUGGAAAGGGUAACGGUCAUUGCCAGAUUUAUGGAUUCGAGUCCGUUGCGAAACGUUAUCCAGUUACAAGCUGCUCUAGCAAAUGCAUUUUGCUACUUGAUAUCUUCAAUGGAUGAUCACAAUGUGUAUGUAGCGCAACGAGCUACACUCUACUUGGGUACGAUACAUGACUUUGCCAUAAAAGCGUUGAUAAUGUGCUUGGAGACGCAAUUCGAUACCGUUAUAGUGGAUAGACCUAUGGUGCUACAAUCUCUAUACCAACUACACAACUCUUUGAGCGAACGAAAAAUCCUGAACUGGGAUUUUUUUCUGAACAGAUUUGAUACUUUGUUCAUCGAAGCCCAAAUAAGUUUGGAAAGAUCAGGCGAUAUAUCAUAUUUACGAGAUUUGAGAAAUUCGGAGUUAAACAGCGAGCAUUUAAUAAAAAAGAUUCAGAGAGCGAACGAGGCUCUCUCGCAAUCCGAUGGUAGUGCUGCAAGUUCCAUAAAAACUUUAAGUGCUAGUUUCGGGACGAAAUGGCCUUAUAAAAGAACAAUGUCAGCGCCUGCUUCAAUAGUACCGAGGCAUGAAAGCAGAGUUUUUGCAGAGACAAAAGAGAAGGUCUAUAGCAGACAAUACUCGGCGCCGAUAUUAAAAAGAAAAAGCUCACGUUUCGGACUGGAUGGACAAGCCCACUCGUUGAACACGGUAGAGGACCAGAACAUCACAACUUUUUUGCAAAGAAUCAUCGACUUGGAGGAAACCGACAAAGAAACCAUGCAUUUGCUCGUUUUCCUUCUGAUGCAGUUUCUAUCGCGAUCGGAUCAAGCGUACCCAACGGAAGAUAAAAACCUCUCCAAAAUACAAAACAUCGUUUUAAGACACUUAUAUCUACUUCUUGGUUAUAACCAAACCGAUAGGGGAUUGUAUCUACCACCGCAGAGAUUAAGAUCAUCGCCAGCCUUCAGCGUUUUUUUAUCAAACUUACCGCAAUUAAUGGACCAAAAUCACUUGAUGGGAAGAUUAUUAUUACCAACGUGUUUGAUAAUAUUGCAAUACGCGCCAUCUCCGUACUACAUGCAAAAUUCGGUCGAACUUCCACAACCUACAUACAGUCUAUGGGCUCUUGAAGCCCACUUUAGAAAAAAUUGGCUCAUGUCCUUGGUGGUACUCCUGUAUAAGUAUCAGUAUAACUCCCAACCAUACUCAAUGCAGUUGGUAUCGUUGAUAAGAAUAGUCCUGAACACGUUGGAUUCGCAACAUCAUCAUUGCAGAAGAAUUCCGGCGACAAUAAUCAUGGGGGCGCCACCGUCGAGAUCCAGAGAUGUAAGUCAGCCUUCUUUGGGUACAGAGGCGGAUCAUCCGGAAAGAACGACGCCUCCUUUAUCGCCGAUGUAUUCAUCUGAUGGUCAGUCCAUACAAGUAUCGGUGAGUUCGAGAGGAGGUAAGGCCCAGGUGGCUUAUGCGAAGCCUUCAUCGACCACCAGCAUGGAGACGCAUUGGGAAGAGCAAAUUCUGGCUUACCCGGAGAAAAAAUGGGACAAGCCGGUCAAAUUAAAACCGGACACAAGCAUUGACAACGACGACACGGAAUCCGAGUUGAUAGCGAUUCCUGAGAGUGAUAUGUCAGACAGCACGUUGCAUGGAAGUGUUCAGGAUUCGUUUGAAGAAGGCAGUGAACCUUGUUGCAACAAGGAUAAAUGGAAGGAAUACGAUACGUCUUUGAUUAAAUCUCCUAAGGAGUCCUAUGUUAGUUACUUUGUGAAGAAGCAAAGACCUACUUGGAUAAUAGGAAGUGAAGACGACUCGCUUCGGUCUUGUGAUAAUAAAAAAUCGCCGGAGUUUUGCUCAAAAAAUUCUACCUCAUCUUUGAAUUACAUCAAUGGUUCGCACCACACGAAAAGCGAUACGAACAGAAGCAGCAACACUACUAGCUCUAAUGGGGAUUCGAAGUAUUCCGACAAAGCGACCCCGCUAGGCAAGCACAAAAAGGUUAUAGAACCAAGUAUAACCCCUGUAUGCACGCCUGUUUCUGAUUGUGACGAUUGCUACAAAAACCACCAAACCUUACUUCCUACACCUUCCAUCGAACGACUUCUUCCCAUCGGUGCUUCUGCAAGAACCCCAGAUUCUCCGAAAGAACUCACUUUCGAAGCGCAAUUGGAAAUACCCAGUCAAGAAAGACUCUUACCCAUCGGUACUCACACCAAAGAUGUAUCUCAAUUAAUUGAAAAAGUACGGCAUGCCUUAGGAAUAAACGCACAAGUUGUUAAUAAGCAAGACAAUAAAAAAAUCGAUAAGCCCAAACACGAACACCAAUGUCACAGUCCUCGAAAACUAAUCAAGCAAGUGGCUUUAGAGAGUCCGCCAAACAAUUUAGACAUGGACGAUAAUCUGUUCAGGACUAUGAAGCCGGACAACCAAAUUUUUUUAGGAGAUGCCAUGGCUAACCACAGACAAAGGAUUCGAAAAGUCGGCCCCUUCACAAUGGGAGCCUAUUCGUCGCAAGAUCCAAGACGACCUGGCUCGUGGCUAAGUCCGCAAAUGUCACCAAAAAUAGGAAACCUAGAUAUCAAACAGAGUUCAUUUAGAAUAGGGGACGAAUGCGUUAACGACAGAUGUUCAGAAUGCGGAACAGCCAGGGAAGAAUACAGCGACGAAGAAAUAGGGCUGUGCAUAGUGACAUUGGGUACUUUUAUUCAUAGAGAACCGGUCUUGGCUGCCCCCCUUCUACCAGACAUCUUGAGCAUCGUCUCAAAGGUGGCAACAAACGCCAUGUAUCCAUGGCAAAGCGAGAGCAAUAUCCAUCUACCUGGUGGGGCUGUGAGUGUGGCGCAUCAAUUUUUGCGAUGCGUCCUGCACCAGCUGGCCCCAAACGGUGCCUUUACGCAAAUGUUUCAGACAAAUGCUAGUGAAACUGUUAGAGUACAAUUUUUUAAGAGUGUAAUACAAGCGUUAAUCGAUUUUAACGAAUUGAAUCCUGUAGCACCCCUUCAAUUAUUAUUAGAAACUCUAAAUACUAAUAGAACUUUACCACUAGAACAUUUACCCACUAUUUUAACGAAUAUGGCUUGUUAUCUCAAUUGUUUACCCAUCGAGGCCACUUUAGGUGUGAACACGCCAUUAUGGAGCACCGUACUACAGCAACUCGAAAUUUUAUAUCGAAAAGUUUUGUUUCUACUUCACGCGAAGUACGAAAUCUUACCACCCCUCAUCAAGAUUAUGUCUUCAAUUUUUAAAGUUCCUUUAAUAUCACAAUUUAAGGGCAUUUUGGAACCGUUCUCAAAAGUACUAAGCUGGGCUAUACAAAAACAAACCCUCGAGUACAAUAAUUUAGUAGAAAUUUGCUAUCUUUGUAACAGAGCUUUCACAAAGGAAAGAGACAAAUUAAUACUAAGCCGAAUGAUUGUGUUCGAAUUAGUGCAAGCGUUGAAGUUUAAAUCCACCAUGCCCGACUCCAAUCUGCUGAUGAUUAUUAACCUUAUUUUACAAGAUGUGGGAGGUUCCAUUCCGUCAAACAUUUCAAUUAAGGAUUGUCCAGCAUUUUCCUUGGAGUACAAUCCAAUAACCACUGGCAUCUCAGAAUGCAUGAAGAUGAAUUUAGGGGAUAUCUUAGAGUUCCUUACUGAUUUCCACACCAUAUCCAAAAUGAAGAGUUACUGCAGAGGAGUAAAUGUAGGCCUUAACGAGGACACGUUAGGAGGAAUAAUAAAAUGUAGCGUAGCCCAAUACUUAGCCCUGGAAAUAACCAAGGGAAACGGCAGAGACAAUAGAGCUGUAACGCGCUACUUUCCCUGGCUUUAUAACACCACCAACACACAACAGAGCCCUAGGGAAUUUUUGGAGUGCAUUGCCCACAUAAGGCUUUUAUCAUGGCUAUUAUUGGGCUCUUUGACGCACACGGCUCUACAAAAUUCCAGCCACGGUCAAGGUACCAGCACUCCGAUACCGCAGGAGGCUUCCUGCCAAAUAGCUGACCAUAUAUCCGUUAUUAUGGCCGGAUUUGGAGAGCAAUCCAAAGUUUCCGUCCUCCAUAUGUCGUCCUUGUUUCACACAUUCACCCUAUGCCAGUUAUGGACAGUGUAUUUGGAACAAGGCCUAAAUCACCAUAUGCCUAUAACUGAGCCCUAUAACGUUACAAUGAACAUACUGUUUGAUUUUUGGGGUAAAGUUACACCUUGCAUAUUGAAUUUGGUGCAACAAUCUAAAAUGUUAAGUGAAAUAGUAAGCUUACACUUUUUGAGUAUGCUGGAGGCACUUUUGGAGUGUCACUCAACAUUUGUGGGGAAGUUAUUACCCCUGUGGACCCCAGUGCUAUGUUCGAAUCAUAUUCAGUUACCUGGACACCUUCAAGUGAGGCUGCAAAAUUGCCGCAACUUUCCUCCGAUUUUGUUUACGGAAGUGCUUCCGGAAAAACCGAAAAUAAAUCUUCCGAAUCCCGUGUUGCUGAAGUGGCUCCAACGACUGCAAUUCAAGAUGGGCCAAAUAGAACUGCAAUCCUCAACUGCCACCCAGUUUUAUUCAUUGUAGUUAAAAAUAAACAUUCUAUCGGUGAAAAUAAUUGAGAAUAAUUUGUUAAAACGGUACAUAAAUUUAUUUAAAAAAUAAUAACAAUUUAUACAUGAAUUAUUGUUGUAAUAAAAUAUAAAUUUAUCGGAAUUUUAUUUGUUUGUUUCUUGCCUUAGCUUCUCCAUUGAUGCCUUUGCCCUCUCUCCACCCAAAGUAUACAACUUA